UGUUUAUCCCUCUUUCUCUCUCCCACCUGCUAACACAGCCAGAGGGGAGGAGCCAGAUAAGAAAAACUCAAGGAAAAUUGUUUUCUGGUUCAAAACCACAGCCCUAUUCCACAUGCGGUUCGGAUCCGGAUUCUCUAAGAUCCGAUUGACAUUCAUCGCUUUAAUUUUCAUUCUGAUCUGAUCCCAAACGAAUCUAUUCGGCCGUGAAAAAUGACUCGUCGCUGCUCACAUUGCAGCCACAACGGCCACAACUCUCGGACAUGUCCGAACCGAGGGGUCAAACUCUUCGGAGUCCGCUUGACUGACGGGUCGAUUCGGAAGAGCGCCAGUAUGGGCAACUUAAGCCAAUAUUCCGGGUCGAAUUCUGGCGCGCAUAACGGGAAUGGGUCGGGUUCGCCCGGUGAGGGUCCGGAUCACACCGAUGGUUAUGCUUCUGAGGAUUUCGUCCCCGGGUCGUCUUCGAGUCGUGAAAGGAAAAAAGGUGUUCCUUGGACAGAAGAGGAGCAUAGGAUGUUUCUCCUUGGUCUGCAGAAGCUUGGGAAAGGUGAUUGGCGUGGAAUCUCGCGCAAUUAUGUUAUUUCAAGGACUCCUACUCAAGUGGCUAGCCAUGCUCAGAAAUAUUUCAUCAGGCAGUCCAAUGUUUCUAGGAGAAAAAGACGUUCUAGCCUCUUUGAUAUCGUAGCAGAUGAAUCAAGUGACACUCCAAUGGCAUCACAGGAUUUGUUUUCUGCUAACCAUCCACAUGCUGAAACACAGAGUAAUGACCAGUUGAGUAUUCCACCUACAUUGGAUGAAGAAGAUAAAUCAAUGGAUUCCAACAAUUCGAAUGAUGGGGAAACUGUACCUCCAAAGUCAGAGAGCUCACAACCCUGUUACCCAGUAGUAUAUCCUACUUACUUCCCGCCAUUCUUUCCAUAUUCAUUACCAUAUUGGAUGGGGUAUGACACAGAACCAACGAAGAAGGACACGCAUGAAGUGGUGAAGCCAACAGCAGUACAUUCAAAGAGCCCGAUCAAUGUUGAUGAGCUGGUGGGAAUGUCAAAGUUGAGUUUGGGAGAAAGUAUUGGUGAUAGCGGCUCAUCAUCUCUUUCAUUAAAACUUGAUGGUUCAUCUAGGCAGUCUGCUUUUCAUGCCAAUCCUGCUUCAUCUGGUAAUUCUAACAUGGAUUCAAGUGGGAACCCAAUCCAUGCGGUUUAAGAUAAAAACUUGAUCUGAAAUUAUUGUCGUAGGUUAGCUCAGGGUUUGUGAGCAGUACAGGUUAAUAUUGGUGGUAUUAGUAGGCUAAUAAUUUGCUAUCUGGUUUGGGUUUAGUUAUAUAUAUAUUUCUUUUGUGGGUUCAACUCAAUAAGUUUGGUUUUCUGGUUUUAACUUAAUCCUAUGCUUAGCAUUAGGUGGUGGUUGUAGUAGUAUGUUAGAAAUUAUUUGAAUCUUUUAACAAUGUGUUUGAACUGAAGUGUUUUCAUUGAAAUUGAUGAGAUAUGAAGUGGGAGAAGGAUGAACUCUGUAUUUUGUUGUAUGGUGAAGUAGCUAACUUCAGCAAUUAGUUUGUUUAUUCAUAUGCUUAGCAUAUGGUAAUGUAAUCUGCAGUUGCUUCUUAUUCAUAAGGUUGAAGCAAGGUAUCGUUUUCUAGUUAUCUUGAUUUAAAAUUAGAGUUAUAUCAAUAAAUAUAGUUUUUUUAAA